AUUUGAUUUGAUGUUUGGAUAAGGACCAUAAAAAUACUAACAGUUCCAUGAUGAAUAACGAGUACAAUCAAAUAAACAAGAAUUUCCAUAAGAAGUUUAGGCUGAAUAGAAAGAGGGGAGUUCAGAUUUUCCAUCAGAUUAGAUUCCUGCUGAUUUUAGCUUAGCUGAAUUACAUAGAGUACAGUAAAAGAAUAUAACAUUUAGGAAGCUUGGAAUGUUGGAACAACAAAAUUAUCAAAGAGACAAUUAAGAAGAUUAAGACUGCAUUAGAAUACUGUGAAUGUAAAAGAAGAAGAUAGGUUGAUUGGAUAAAUUUGCUAGUGUUGUGCUCGUUAAGUACCAAAUGAUAGAGUGGACAUAGAUUGUAAUAAUUAAGAUUACUCGUUUCUAGGAGCAGGUAUUUAAAGAAUAGAAUUAGGUAUGCCUCUUUAUUUUGAAUACAUAAAAGCAUGUAUUUUAAUGUUGAUAGUAAUGUUUGUGACAUCAGGUGAUUACAACAUAAUAACAAACAUUGCAUUCGGUUAAUCAUGUUAAAUGUUAGAUAAGAGUUCUGGUGUAGAGAUAGAUGAGAAAACAGUGUGUAUAUUUAAUUGGGUGACAGGAUUAUCAUUAGCUAAUAAGAGGGAGGAUUAAGAGUUUAUAGACUUGUAAUAGAUGUUAAAUUUGAUAUCUAUGUUGACUUUAAUAUUUUUGUUUCAAUAUUUUAGGAAGGAAUAGAGAGCUUUUGAUACUGAGAUUGAUGAAAAUACAUAUUAUGCAUCUGAUUACACAAUAUUAUUAAAGAAUAUUCCAACAAAUUCAGAAGGAUUAAAGAAUGAUGAUUUCGAUCAUGAUCUUAAAGAAUAUUUAGAAGCUUACAUAGAAGGGACAUAUACAAAGCCAUUAGAAGUCUAAGAUUAUGAAGAAGAACUUAGAUAAUUUUAAUAAAGAAAUGAUAGACCAUAAAAGAAAUUGUCAAGAGUAGUUGCUGUAAAUCUAUGUUACAAUAUAGAAGAGUAAACUACUUUAGAGUAGGAAAAACAAAGUAAGAUAAUUUAGAAGUAGAAAGUAUUCAUUAAUUUAUAAUUUAGUUAUUACCUCAAUUAUAUGAUUAAGGUUUGCUUCCAGGUAGUGAGGAAAUUAAAAAUAAUGAAUAAAUAAAAGAAAUUGAUGGUUAAAUAUUUGAGAUAGAAUAAAAAUUGGAAGCAUUAGAGAAGAGAUUUGUAGAAGGAAAAGAUGUGAAAUAAUAUUUUUUAGGAUAAGCAUUUGUAACAUUUAGAUGGGAAAGUGAUGUUUAAUGGAUGUUAAUCGAUCAUAGAUUAUCAUUAUGUUCAAGAAUUCUUGGUAGAAGGAGUAAUUUAAUUUAUAGAGGUGCAAAAUUAUAGGUUGAAUAACCUCCAGAACCAACUGAUGUUUUUUGGGAAAAUUUACAUAUCUAAACAUCUUCAAAAAUAUGGAGAAGAAUAUUAGGAUAUAUAUUAACUUUAAUAAUAUUAGGAGUUUGUGGAGGUUUAAUUUAUUGGUUAUCAGCUAUUUAAGCUAAGAGUGCAGAUGAGAUGGCAAAAGCAGUUAAAAAAGGAGAUUUAAAUGUUAAUUAUAAAGUUAAGGUAAUUGCACAAUUAGCAUCUAUUUCAAUUAUUAUUAUUAAUUACAUACUUAGUGUUGUAAUUAGAAAGGUUUCACUUUUUGAGAGAUUUUCUACUUAAACAGGAUUUAAUAUCAGUUUGGCAAGUAAAUCAAGUGUAGCUUAAUUUGUAAAUACUGCAGUUAUUACCUUUGCAAUUAGUACUUGGGUUACUUAAAAUAUAUAUGGAACAGGAGGACUGGUCUACAAUUAAACUUAUGUAUUUGUUUCUAAUGCUAUAUUACCUGCUUUAAUUUAAUUUGUAGAUUCUUCUUCUAUUAUGAAAUGUAUAUUCUAAUUUCUUGAAGUACGAAAAGGCAAGAACUCAGUUAAAACAUAGAAAUAGUUACAUGAGUAAAUAUCUUUUUAUAAUGAUUUAGAUUAUAUGAGAGACCUAUAUUUGAUAUAUCUACAUCUUAUGCUACAGUUUUGAAAAAUAUGUAUGUUGUAGCCUUUUAUGCUUCUGUCAUUCCAAUUGGUUUAGUAAUCACUUGUUUUGCUUUAGUCCUUUUUUAUUGGGUUGAAAAAUAUAAUAUUGCUAGGAGAAGGACUAUUAAAUAUAAUUAUAGUUCUGUGAUGUCAAGAGAGAUGCUUGAAUAAUUAGAAUAUGUUUUACCUAUUUAUUGUGUAAGUAUUUCGUAAUCUAUUUCAAUAGUUAACUAAUCUUUGGUGGGAAUAUGUAUUCUUGAAAUCUAUCUCCACUGAGGCUAUCAUAGGAGUAUGCUUUGGAAUAGCUAAUGCUCUUCUACCAAUGCAUGAAGUUAAUAAAUUAUUAUUCAGAAUGAAAGCAUAACCUAAUGAACAUCUUCCAAUUAAUGAGGCUGAAGUCAAUUUUCUUACUGUAUUUUAUAUUUUAUUAUAUAUUUUAGGAUUAUUGUAGAGAAAAUCCUGCUACUGCUGAAACUGAAAGGGCUAAAUAUUAGGAAAGAGUCACCAGACAUCAAAAAGAUAAAAUUGCUAUGGAUUAAAUGUUUGAUUAAUGA